GAUUGAGUAAAAAAAAAAAAGGGGUGAGGUAUUCAGAGUUUUAUAAGUCGUCCUUUCUAGUUUUCUUAUUUAAUAAGGAUAUAAUGAUAUAUUAAGUAAUAGUAAUUUUUUCAGAUUAUUUUGAAUAUAACAUAUAGUCGAUAUAUAGAUAUAUAGUUAUUCUUGUACAGGUAGAGUUUGUGUUGAAAUAGAAUUAAUUUGUUGGAAUUUAUUAUUUUAUAGUGGCAGAGUUCUUUUAGGAAUUUAAAUUGCGCACACACACACACACACAUAUAUAUAUAUGUAUACACACACGUGAUUGAGUAAAAAAAAAAAGAAAAAGGGGUGAGGUAUUCAGAGUUUUAUAAGUUACUAGUAAAUUUUUUUUCCCCUUUCGCUCUCUCCUCUUACCUGUCAGAGAUCCGAACAUCAAUUAUACAUAAGUAAUUAAAUGCUAUUUGUUACUUACCAAAAAAAAAUCAAAUCCUUUUUGUGAAUAUGAAUCACAAGAAUCUACCACUACAUGGGCUAACAAGGACAAAAGGUGAAAGAGCCAAAGACUACUCUGGCUUUGCCACAAUACGCCGCAAAGCCAGUCUCUUUGGAACAAUGUUGUCCCUGUUCUUGUUGCUUCUUCUGUCCUGUGCCUGGUUCGUCACUCCUUCAAAAAUACACCUCCAACAAUUCCAAAAAAUUUCACACAACAACAACAGCAUAUUCAUCUUAGCCGGACAGAGCAACAUGGCGGGAAGAGGAGGUGUCAUUAACGGCACCUGGGACGGCAUUGUCCCAACCCAAUGCCAGCCCAACCCGAGGAUCCUCCGGCUCACGGCGGGGCUGGAAUGGGAGGCUGCGCACGAGCCCCUCCACGCCGACAUCGAUGUCAAGACUUGCGGGGUUGGGCCUGGAAUGGCGUUUGCUAAUGCGGUGCUGACUAAGGAACCGAGGUUGGGGAAGGUGGGUUUGGUGCCCUGUGCUGUUGGAGGGACUAAGAUUGAUGAAUGGGGGAGAGGGGGUAGGCUUUACAAUGAGUUGGUGAAGAGGGCAGGGGUGGCGUUAGUGGGUGGUGGGUCAAUUCGCGCCAUUCUGUGGUACCAGGGAGAGACUGAUACAGUGAUACUACAGGAUGCAGAGGUGUAUAAGCAGAAAUUGAAGACUUUUUUCUCCGAUCUGCGCUCUGAUCUGAAGUCUCCCUCGGUGCCUAUAUUCCAGGUGGCUUUAGCAUCAGGACAAGGGCCUUAUACAGAGAUAGUGAGAGAAGCGCAGCUGAGGGUGAGUGCUGAGCUUCAGAAUGUGAAGUGUGUGGAUGCCAAGGGGCUGCCACUGGAACCAGAUGGGCUGCACCUCAGCAUGCCGGCCCAGGUCCGACUCGGAGAGAUGUUGGCUGAUGCAUUCCUGCAGUCCAUUCCAAGCCCAAUGCAAAGUCAUGCUCCAACAAGGGAAGAUAUAAAAUUUUCAGAACACUAAAGAGAAGAUUAAGAGGAUGCAGAUAUACAGACCAGUAGAAAGUACUAGUGGGAAAUGAUGUGUACUUUUACUAGUGCUUUGCUGGUGCACAGUUUUUUUCAAAUUUUCUUAUCAUGUAUAUAAUAAUCAUUCACUAAUUAAUUUCAUUCACAGCCUGUGGGUGUCAAUAUUUAAUGUUUUGUAGAGAUGACAAUGAAAUGUGUACUAAAAUUUGAUUAUGCUUGGUGACAAAA